AAUUCUACAUCGGCUUUGCACUCUGCUCGCAAAAUUGGUAAACACCUUUGGCAGUGAUUAAGUGAUUCAUUUUUCAUAAAUAUUAUUAAAUUCUUGAUAGAACAUAAGAUUUAUCUAAUAUUUAAUUAACCACUAUGGCUGCCACUUUAAAACCAUACCUUACCGCUGUACGCCACUCCCUUACAGCAGCGAUGUGCUUACAAGACUUCCCCUCCCAAGUGGUGGAACGUCACAAUAAACCUGAAGUGGAAGUAUGUUCCAGUAAGGAAUUGGUUCUAACACACAUUGUCAUUUCCCGCAACGAACGAGAACGUGUUUUCAUCGAGCCCUCCAUCAAUUCAGUACGCGUCAGCAUUGCUGUCAAGCAAGCCGAUGAAAUAGAAAAGAUCCUUUGUCACAAAUUCACCCGAUUUAUGAUGCGCCGUGCUGAAUCAUUUAUCAUUUUAAGGCGCAAACCCAUCGAAGGGUAUGACAUUAGUUUCCUAAUAACUAACUUCCAUACAGAACAAAUGUAUAAGCAUAAGUUGGUAGACUUUGUCAUUAGCUUCAUGGAGGAAAUAGAUAAAGAGAUCAGUGAAAUGAAGUUGGCCGUAAACGCUAGAGCUCGUACUUGCGCUGAGGAAUUCUUAAAAAGAUUCUGAACUAACAUCGAAGAGAUAAAGCAACCUUACCACCAGUCCGUAUUAUAUAUGAAUAUGUGUAGAUGGGUGGAGGUUGAAAGAGCAUUCAUCAACACAAGUAUUCCAUUAGCAUAUGUUUGUUUUGUGUGUUUCAGUUUUCUUUUUUCAUAAAUUUUAUAUUCUUUUUUUUUAAUGUAAAUGUACAAGACAAUUUUUAAAAAUUUCUUCUGCUAAAAUAAAAUUAAAUAAAUUGUUUCCUUACUUUUUCGAUAUUUAUGAAUUAAGUAAAGAGAUAAAAAGUU